GGGAUGGAGAUACUUCUUUUACCUGUGUCAUCUGUGGAUAAACUGUAAUGAAUGCAGUUGACAACUAAGCAGAAGUUCUGUUGAGAGCGUGCAAGCUGGGAGAAAGGUCAAGCUGGAUCUAGCUUAAGGUGUGAACAAAGGUGGCCCCUGGGCUGAGGCUUCACAAAGGAAGGUUUGGUCUGGAACUUUUUUUCAUGGCACAGGUGAAGACCCUUGGAAGAGAACUUUUAUCGUGGAAACAAAGUGUCUAUAAGUAUUAACUAAACCAACAUAACAUUUAAAAAAAAAAGUUUCUGAGAAUACAGAGAUACUUUUUCUUUUUCCUUUGUUUUCUCAGAAGAAAGAAUGUGUUGUGUGUUCUAAUUAUAUAAAAUUGUAUAAAAUGCUGCCCUCUAAACUAAUUGGGGGAAAUUUAUUCAAAGUUCAAAAGCAAAAUUAAAUGUUUAAACCUGUUGGUUUCCCCUCUGCCCAUUCAUGUGCACGCUGUUUGUGUUGCAAGGGUUUGAGACGUCUUGAGAACUAAAAAUGAAUGGAAAUGUUCCACAGGCCAAAUAUCUAAGCAUCCUAUCACAAAGGUAAAUAAAUUUUAAAUAACAUCUUUGCAGAGUAUAGCUUUUCUUAAACAAACAGCAACAAAAAAAAUCUGGUUACUGGACUGUCUAAUACUUUCAGGAUAUGAAAAAAAAGUAAAUCAGCUUUAAAAAUGGAUAUGGCUAUGCCAUUUAAACUAAGGAUCUGGUUUUGUUCUCUUUGUAAUAGAGGAAGAAACUGUUACGUUUUGAUGAAGCAAUACUAAGUCUUAGUUGGGGAUUUUUUACUAUGUGUUUCUAUGAAUAAAGCUGUCAACUAUCUGUUAUAGAUGUCAUUGAUUAGAAAUACUGCGUACUGACACAGUUUAUGGAAUCCUGUUUUGUCGGAGUCCCUAACAGAGUGGAGCAGCAAAAGUGGUCUGAGCCCUGCUUACGAUGGUGGGAAACUGCUCUGUAGGAUCCCUGGUCAGUCUUCUGUUGGAAGAUCAAAAUAUUCUCCGUUCUUAUGUAUAUGUUUUGAUUUUUAAAGCUUGAGUACGAAGAAGUUAAUAUUGUUCCUGCACCAUGAGCACAGCCGAGGAUGCCGAGUGGCUGCGGUGGGUGACAAAGCAAUUUGGGAGCAUCGCGGGGGAGGACAAAGAAAUCGACUUGGAAGAGUUCAAAACCGCUCUCCAAGUGAAGGAGUCCUUCUUUGCCGAGAGGUUCUUCGCGCUGUUCGACUCGGACGGGAGCGGGACCAUUAGUUUGGAGGAGCUGCUGAAAGCCCUGAGCCUGCUCGUACACGGGAACGAGACAGACAAGCUGAGAUUCCUCUUCCAAGUUUAUGACGUGGAUGGCAGCGGCUCCAUCGACCCGGACGAGCUGCGCUUGGUGCUGCGGUGGUGCCUGCGGGAGAGUGCGAUAGCCCUGCCCGAGGAGCGUCUGGGAGACCUCACCCUGGCACUCUUCGAGGCUGCUGACAAGGACCACAGCGGCUCCAUCACCUUUGAGGAGCUCAAGGAGGAGCUGGAGGGUUUCCCAGAGGUCAUGGAGAACCUGACCAUCAGUGCAGCGAGCUGGCUGAAGCCCCCGCCGCCCGCGGAGAGGAGCCACCGGCCACGCUACCUGACCCGGGUGUACUGGCACAACCACCGCAGCAAGCUCGCCUGCCUGGGGGGCUACGCCGGCCUCAACCUUCUGCUCUUUGCCCUGGCUGCCCUGCGGCACGCCAGCCUCGGCGGAUGGAUGGCGGUGGCCCGGGGCUGUGGACAGUGCCUGAACUUCAACUGCGCCUUCCUCGCAGUGCUGAUGCUGCGGAGGUGCCUGACCUGGCUGCGAGCUACCCCCAUUGCCAAGGUUUUGCCGCUGGACCAGCACGUUGUUUUCCACCAGCUCGUGGGGUACGUGGUGCUGGCGCUGGCAGCCGUUCACACGGGCGCCCACAUCGCCAACUUCAGCAGGCUGGCGCGGCAGGACGGGCACCAUGCCCUUGCCGAGUACCUUUUGUCGGCACGGCCCGGCGUGGGGGGCCUGGGUGGCACGGCCUCACAGACGGGGCUGGCACUUCAGGGGCUGCUGGCCGCCAUGCUCGCCUUCUCCAGCCCCUGCGUCCGACGGAGCGGCCACUUUGAGGUCUUCUACUGGACCCACCUCUCCUACAUCUCUGUCUGGACUCUCCUCAUCCUCCAUGGCCCCCACUUCUGGAAGUGGUUUGUGGUUCCUGGCUGCCUCCUCGUGCUGGGGAAGGUAACUCACCUUGUGAUUGAGAGACCGCAGUUUUUCCACUACAAGCCUGGCGACUACGUCUACCUGAACAUCCCGGCCAUUGCCACCUACGAGUGGCACCCUUUCACCAUCAGCAGUGCUCCCGAGCAGCAAGAGACCCUCUGGCUGCACAUCAGGUCGCUGGGCCAGUGGACCAACAAGCUGUACGAAUACUUCCAGCAGCCCGAAUCACCCAGCCCAGAGCCGAAACCGCUCAGCAGGAGCCUGAGAGAGAAGAGAUGCCGGCGCUGGGCGCAGGUCUCCACUGGGCUGGGCGAGACCCAUCGGCUCUGCAGCAUCAAGUGCUACAUCGAUGGCCCCUAUGGGACCCCAACACGGAGGAUCUUCACCUCGGAGCAUGCCGUGCUCAUCGGUGCGGGCAUCGGCAUCACCCCCUUUGCCUCCAUUUUGCAGAGCAUCAUGUACAGGUACCGCCGGCGAAAGCAGAGCUGCCCUAGCUGCCACUACUCGUGGUGCGAGGACCUGCGGGAUGAGGAGAUGACGCUCAGGAAGGUUGACUUCAUCUGGAUAAACCGAGACCAGAAGCACUUUGAGUGGUUCAUCAGCCUGCUAACGAAGCUGGAAAUGGAGCAGGCUGAGCAGGAGCCGGGAGGGCGGUUUUUGGAGAUGCACAUGUACAUGACAUCGGCCCUCAGCAAGAAUGACAUGAAGGCCAUCGGGCUGCAGAUGGCCCUGGACCUGCUGGCCGCAAAGGAGCAGAGGGACUCGAUCACGGGGCUGCGGACCAGGACCCAGCCCGGCCGCCCGGACUGGAGCAAGGUGUUUGGGAAGGUGGCGGAGGAGAAGAGAGGGAAAGUCCAAGUCUUCUUCUGUGGCUCGCCGGCACUUGCCAAAGUCAUCAGGGCGCACUGUGAGCACUUCGGCUUCCGCUUCUUCAAAGAAAACUUCUAG